GUGGUAAGCACCAUUUCUGCUUCGACCGGCAUUCUUCUCAGUACACGAGAUACCGGUACCAAGAAAGAACGAUGCUUCGUUUCGGUGUACGCGGCCAGCCAAUUUGCUUGGACAAUAUCGAGAAAUGUUUCGAGACGAUAGGAGGCAUACGGGAAUCGUCUAAUUUCGCUGCGAUCUCGAGGACCAGCGCGAAACACGCCGUCCCAAAGUGCCGUUCGAGAUGUUUGAUCGAUUUGAAAGCAAACGGAACCGAAUGCCGUCGUUUGUCGACGACCACGCAGGCGCCUGAGCCAAGGAAAACUAGUCUGUACGAUUUUCACGUGAAAAAUCGAGGUAAAAUGGUCGAUUUCUCGGGUUGGUUGUUACCAGUCCAGUAUCAAGAAGCGAUAGCUGCAUCGCAUCAACACACGAGAACGUUCGCGUCGCUUUUCGACGUCAGUCACAUGAUGCAGACACGAGUUUCCGGUCGCGACGCCACCGAUUUCUUAGAAUCCCUAACUACCAGCGAUCUGAAGAACCUGAAGAACGGUUGCGCGGUUCUUACGGUGUUCACAAACGAAAACGGGGGCAUCCUCGACGAUCUGAUCAUCACGAAAGACGACGAGAGCACGUACUUCGUGGUAUCAAAUGCCGGAAGACGGGCAGAAGAUUCUAAUUUACUGUUUCAACGACAGAAAGAAUUCAGAGCCCAAAAGAAAUCAGUGCACCUAGAGUUCUUAGAUCCCGAGGAACAGAGUUUAGUUGCAUUGCAAGGACCUACCGCAGCAUCGGUUCUACAGUCUAUAUUAAAAAUCAAUUUGAGUUACUUGAAAUUCAUGAACAGCGUAGAGACCGAACUGUUAGGGAAUGAAAUCAGAAUAACUCGAUGUGGAUACACUGGUGAAGAUGGUUUUGAGAUCUCUAUGCCGUCUGAAAUUGCACCUCAACUGGUGGAAACGAUCUUAGCAACGUCUGACACGAAACUGGCCGGUCUAGGGGCCAGAGAUAGUUUAAGACUAGAAGCAGGCCUUUGCCUCUAUGGACACGAUAUCGAUGAAAAUACAACUCCAGUCGAGGCUAGUCUUACUUGGCUAGUAGCCAAGAGAAGAAGAGCAGAGGCAAACUUUCCAGGUGCUCAGAGAAUACUGUCGCAGAUCAAAUCGAGCCCUAGUAAAAAACGAGUAGGAUUGACGAUAGUACACGGACCGCCAGCUAGAGAGGGUGCGUGUAUAUUAACACCGGAAGGUGAACGGGUAGGUAAGAUCACAUCCGGUGGCCCUAGUCCAACCCUUGGACGCUCUAUCGCUAUGGGGUACGUUCCUACGGAACUAUCUCAAUGCGGUCAUGGAGUAUUGGUCGAAGUUCGUGGGAAAACUUACAAAGCUACCGUCACAAAAAUGCCUUUCGUCAAGACGAACUAUUACACUGCAAAGUGAUCGAUAACGCUUCUUUGAUUCACCUGUGCUAUUUGAAAAGAACAUUAAACAUUCGUUUUUACUCUCGAUGAUAAUCAGUCAGUGUUUCUGUACAAGUUUGUAGUUGACUUCAAGGUAGAAGGAUAAGCAACGAACCUCAGAAGUAUUCUCUUUCAGAAACCAAUAUUAAAAGUUUUGUUACAAAGUAACAAUCGUUGAACAUUGUUUUUUAUUAAUCAAACGUCGUAAACAAGAAAACAUUGUACAAUACUCUAACGUAUAAAAGUAUUUUUAUAAAUGAAAACUAAUUAUUAUUUUCCUAUAAAAAUAAACUAUAUGAGAAGAUGGCAUCAUUACUUGUUGGUGUUAAGGCAAACCUUUUUACCAACUGCAGAAGGGAACAAGACUACGCGUCGGUAUGAAAUUAAUGCAUCAUAAGUAUCUGCAGAAAAGGUCUGACCAGAUAUCGGUAUUAAAGUGAACUAUUUUAUAAA